UCAAACUAGCAACGAGACUGCUCGUUUAAACUGUAUGAAAGGCAGAUGAAAUGAGCUCCCGGGAGCAUCUUUCUCUGCCUCUCGUGGUAAAUUUAGGACUCCGUGUGAGGGGGGGGAUUCGUUGACGGUGACAGGUUGUAAAAGAAGGAAUUCCAUCACUAUUUUUAAAGUCACAAGCGGAUCUGGGGGCGUGGAAGGCUGACCACAGACCAUUUGGCUCGUGGAACACCACAUUGAAAGUGGUUUAGCCUAUGUGGAUUGUUGUACCCGCUCUAGCUGCUUGUAAGUGCUCCAGCAUACCCAAAACAAUUUGGACACAACACGGUUCGCGCGGUCGUGCUCAUUGGUACGGUAUUACUUUGUUUUCAAAUUAUAUUUUCUGUCAAUUUCCCAUCCGUGGAAAAGCCUACGGCAAUACUUUCUAAUCCGUCUGUAUGGAACCUUUUUUUUUUUUUUUUACAAAUCAUGUUCUCUGCCUAAAGCUAUUGUUUAUGGCGACCACUUGUGAGCCAGGCAUGUCAAUAUGGACGAGUAACAUCGAUGGCGAAAUGACACCGGGGAUUUAAUAGCUGUCACCGCAGCCACUGAAAUCAUAUCCUGCAAAUAUUGGCAGGUGACAAAUUCACCUGGAUGUCAGCCUACUUUUUUUUCGCUGACCCUUUUCAACAGACGGGGUUAUUGUAUAUAGCACAGGGACCGCACAUCUUCCAUAUUCCCGAAAGGAAAUAAUACGAUUUUGAACUGCAUACUGUUUAUUGGGAUUGAGUCAUGGAUUACAACAUUUGCAUUGUCCAUUCUUCGCGUGUUCUCGAUGCUUAGACCGCAUUAUUUGCGAACAGAUUUGGUGAUUUUAAUUUGCAUUUAACAAUGAGAUUUCAAAUCCGUUUGGGAAAGUAGUUAUAUGUGAAGUGGUCUGUUCUGCAUUCUCUGUAUUACUUACAACACCCAAACAUGACAAGCACCGGACCCGUUAUCGUGUUUGAGUGGCUGAAGACCCUCCAGCUCUCUCAGUAUGUGGAGUCCUUCGUGGAUAACGGCUACGAUGAUCUGGAAGUUUGCAAACAAAUUGGGGACCCCGACCUGGAUGCUAUCGGUGUAUACAUACCGCACCACCGGCAACGGAUCCAUGACGCGGUGCAAAGGCUGAAAGACGAGGAUAAGGAAACUGCGGCGGGGCUGUAUUUUACGCUUGAGCCGAUGCCCCCCGCGUCUGAAAUGUACACCAGGCAUCUGGUGGACCAGUACGAUUCCAAACUGCGGGCGUCCAAGUCUUGGACCGAAUCGAACAGUGACCGGGUGGGGGGAAAAGGGGGCGCGUAUCUGGGCGCACAGAGGAACCUGACGCUUGGCAAGCGGAGGGAGUUGGUGAUUUACCCCAAAUUGAAGCUGAAGAUCAUGAUUAGAGAUAAACUAAUCAAAGAUGGAGUCAACCUCGCCAGGCCGCCAUACUCAAACAAGGAUGGUUCUCUGGGGAACAUUGAUGACCUGGCCCAGGAGUACUCAGAGUACUACAACACCUCAUUCAGUGACGUAAGCGACCGCAUGGAGGAGCUACGCAAGAGACGUGUGUCCCAGGACCUCGACAUGGAGAACGUUGACACAAGCUCCACCUCCCCGCAGCUUCGCUCAGAGAUACAAGAGUCCCUUGGCUUCAGCAGUGAGGUGUCCACUCCAGAGACAGAGAGAAAGAUGUCUCUGCAGAAGUCCAGCUCUGAAGACGGAGGCUAAGGCAAAUGGGAUUGGAAUGACAAGAAGAACAAGUCGAAUGUUCAGAACUUUACAGUAGUGUUUAGUGACCCUCAUUCUCUGACCGAGAGUGAGAGAGAGGACAUAGACGUGGCCAGUGAGAUCACCAUGAGUGACGAAGAGCGCAUCCAGCUGAUGAUGAUGGUGAAGGAGAAGAUGAUCACUGUUGAAGAGGCUUUAGCUCGGCUGAAGGAGUAUGAGAGCCACAGCAGACAGUCCAGCAGUACUGACACUGCAGAGUGGACUGACGGAUCCAGUCCCAAUCUAAACCAGUCCUCUAACUGCAACUCUCGGGAGCAGUCUGAUGAUGAGCAGUCAGAGGACUCUGUGAAGUUCAAACGGCUCCACAAGCUGGUCAACUCUACCCGCCGUGUCAGGAAGAAACUCAUCAAGGUGGAAGAGGGGAAGAGACCCAUCUCCGAAGAUUCUUUGAGACUGGAGGUGUCUUCGACCUGUGAGGACAACACAGCCCUGUACACAGGGGUCCUGAAGAAGUCCAGCCUGCCCCAGGAUGCCUCCCUGUCCUCCCUGACCCAGGACCAGCUCUCUCUCGACGGGGACACAGACAGCCUGACCACCUCCCCUUCCUCCAGCAGCCUGGACACCACCUGGUCCGGACACAAGCUGGUCAAGACCUUUUCUAAGUCCAGCAGCACCCACGGCCUCAUCCGACCCCCCAGGAAAGUCCCUGCUGGGUCUGGGCGUCUGGUAGCCGUCGGGGUGGAAGAUAGUGGUUCCUCCUUCUCAGAGCUGGACGGCUGUGGAGCCGAGGAAGAAGAGAAGGUGUCAUGCUCCAUGACGGAGGGCGAGAUGAGGAAAGCCAUGACCUCUCUCUCCCACGGGAGGACGUGUAGUUUCGGAGGGUUUGACCUGUCCAACAGGUCACUCCAUGUGGUCAGUGCAGGCUCGGAGCCCAAUAGUAAGUAUCCAGAGGCUGUAUACCGGGAGGUCGUCAAGUCUCCCACGACGUCUCGUAUCUCUCUGGGGAAGAAGGUCAAGUCUGUAAAAGAAACCAUGAGGAAACGGAUGUCCAAGAAGUACAGCAGCUCACUGUCUGAACAGUCGAGCCCAGAUGGGGCACCCAGCUCCCCCCAGUCCCCACCGCCAGACACAGAUUCCCUGGAGAAACCCAAACUGAAGGCUGGAGGAUCAGUGGAGAGCCUCCGGAGCUCCCUCAGCGGACAGAGCUCCAUGAGUGGUCAGACGGUCAGCACCACAGACUCGUCAGCCAGUAACAGAGAGAGUGUCAAGUCUGAGGAUGGAGAUGACGAGGAGCCUCCCUACAGAGGGCCCUUCUGUGGCAGAGCACGAGUACACACUGACUUCACCCCUAGCCCCUACGAUUCAGAUUCCCUCAAACUAAAGAGAGGGGAUGUGAUUGACAUCAUCAGUAAGCCCCCCAUGGGGACAUGGAUGGGUCUACUCAACAACAAGGUGGGCACCUUUAAGUUCAUCUAUGUGGACGUGCUGAGUGAGGAGGAGGAGAAGCCCAAGAGAUCCGUCAGAAGGAAGAGGAAGGGCAGACCUCCCAAACCCACCUCUGUAGAGGAGCUGCUCGAACGCAUCAACCUCAAGGAGCACAUGCCUACCUUCUUAUUUAACGGCUAUGAGGACCUGGACACCUUCAAGCUGUUGGAGGAGGAGGAUCUAGAUGAGCUCAACAUCAGAGACCCUCAACACAGAGCUGUGUUGCUCACCGCCGUGGAGCUACUGCAGGAGUAUGACAGCAGCAGUGAACCGGAGCGUAGCGGCCUGUCAGGCUCUCAGGAGAAGCUGCUGUUAGAGGGCCACGGCCUGGUCGGCGACUCGCCACGUGACUCUGGCUGCUACGAAAGCAAUGAGAACCUGGAGAAUGGCAAGAGCAGAAAGACAUCUCGCUCCAACCGCUCCUCUGUAGGCCUCCAGUCCCCAGACUACCCUACCCUGCCCAUGACCCAGUCCACUGAGGCCCUGCAGCAGAGCAAGAUGGAGCGCACAGUCAACUUCACCAAGCACUUCUUCCUCAAGCCCACCUUGAGGGGCUUGAGCAUGCUGGGGCUGAGGAAGGGCCCCCGCCAGACCCCCAUGCCAGCCAGUUUCAGCUGUGAGGACCUGGACGGGCCACUGGAGGCCACCAGCCCCCAGGCCUGGAAGAGAUCCCACUCCCUGGGAGAUCUCCACUGGGAACAGGCCUUCCACCAGAAGAAGGACCACAGCCUGGAACCCAAGCCCGCUAAUGGAGGCUCCAAGUUGGGCACCACCAGCCCAGUGAAGGGCCUCCAGGCUCAUGGAGAUAGGGGUUCACCACCGGCUCAGAAUGGGGGGAUUUCUGUGAGCCCUAAAGGACGUUCUGACCUCCCCCCUGUGCCCUCCCAGCUGCCCCUCAGACCACCCUGUUCCAUUGCCUUGCUUCCCCAGCCCCAGAAAAGCCUGCCCAACCUGAUCUCCAGCCCUCCCGAAACCCAGCUGGGGGAGAGAAGCAUCUGGACUCACCCCAAAAAGCCCCCAGUGCCCCCUCCUGUCCCAAUCAAGAAGUCCGAGGAGUGCCUAGCCAAUGGGAUGUGCCACCCCUCUCUUGUCCUCUCCUCCCCAACUCAUUCCUAUUCCUCCACCAACUCUCAUCCCCCCAGCCCUGUCAUCAGCAGCCCCAGUUCCAGGGCUCCAGCCCUCCCCAGUAAGGCCUCUAGUACCCAUAUCUCCCCCUCUCCAGCCAGCCCUACUCCAGCCUCCCCUGCCUCCACCACCACACCCCCUCUAGAACCAGAGGAACCAGGCACACCACCGGCCGUGCCCCCUCCUUGGCUGUCUGACCUGCCCGAGUCGGCCUGCCCUCAGGCUCAGAUCCAGGGGGGUAGUGGCAAGAUGACGGUGGCCAGGAAGGUGUCCCAUGUUAAGAUGGCCGUCGAUCUCCACACCGUGCUGGAGCAGAGACUGGAGGCCGAGGGCAUUGACCUCACAGAGGAACCCUACUCAGACAAGCAUGGUCGGUGUGGUAUCCCCCAGCCCCUGGUGCAGCGCUACAGUGAAGACCUGGAGCAGCCAGUGAAAGAUGUUGCCCCCGCCAUAGACCAGGUCCGCCUCAAGCUGCUCCGCAAGCAGCACCGCAUGGCUAUCCCGUUUGGAGGUUUAACAGAGAUGUGCAGGAAGCCUCUCUCCCCGGGUCACUUGAGCACCGUCUCUGAUUGGUUGGUGUCCAUCGGCCUGCCUAUGUACGCCACGUACCUGGAAGCGGCAGGAUAUGACACGUUGGGGCACGUGUCAUCUCUCACGGAGAGCGGUGUGUGGGAGGCGGGUGUGAGGGACGAGAGACACGCCCGUAGACUGGUCAGCGAGGCCCGUUUGGUCAGCGCACACAGAGAUGCACAGUCAUAACUGUGACAGUGGAACCAAAGCAGGUGAAAACUCAGAAAUUUGAACGGCUAUGUCAUGGCUGUCGUCUCAGUUGACAGCACAGCUUUAAACAGCUAUUGAGGCUUUUGACUGGACUGCGGAUGGCUCGCUGUUGCAGCCCAGCCCACACCUGAAACUUAAGAGCAGAAAAUCUGUUCUUAUUCCCCUGUCUCUUUAUCAAUCUAUUUCUGUCUUGUUUACGGUGAAAUUGUUCCCGACUGUCGAGAACAGUUAUCAGAUGCCUUUAAAUCUCUCUCUCUCUCUCUCUGAAACAUCCUCCCCAGUCUUAUAACUCAAGACUGAGAAGUACUGCCUUGAAGGAAAAAUAGCACAGUCUCUCUUUUUUUUAGGUUUGACUUUAUAUAAAGGUAUUAAAGACUCUUUAUCAGUGUUUUCCCUGUGUUUAAUAAGUGCUUAAUUUUCUGCUCGUGUGAGACAAAAGCACAGGAGAGUAAUAAGAAUAUGUAGCUUGGCCAAAGCAAUUUCUUUCAAAUCAAACCAAAACAAACUCUAUUUGUCACAUGCGCCGAAUACAACAAGUGUAUAUUUUAACGUGGAAUGCCUACUUACAAGCCCUCAACCAACAGUGCAGUUCAAGAAGAGUUAAGAAAAUAUUUACCAAGUAGACUCAAAUAAAAAGUAAUAAUAAAAAGUAACACAAUAAGAAUAACAAUAACGAGGCUAUGUACAGGGGGCACCGGUAUUUUAAUGUACAUUUUUACUUUUGUUGUUAAUCCCAUUGCCAAAUGCUAUAGCAAGACUGGACAAUGGGUUUUCUUACAGUUAAUCAACUAAAACAUUACACAAAACAUGAAAUGGGCAAACAAUGCUGUUGUAUUGGGAUUUCAAAUCCUAAUUUUCUAUCAUGCUAUAGUGUUUUUGUAAUAUACUGUACCAUAUAUUCUAAUUUCAAGGUGUUUUUACAGUAUGUGUGUUCAAUAGUAUUUGUUUGUCUGCUUUGUGGAAUGUCAAUGUCUGAAAUGUCUUCAGACCAUCUCAGUUAAUGUAAGUAGACAGUCAGACAGAUAUCGAUAUGAUUAUAUUGCAGAAUUCAAAACUUAUCUUAAUUGCAUUUAAUCCUCCAAUAUGUAGGUCCUUACAGUAAGGCUGUCUACACAGUACCGCUCUAAUCAUCUUUCAUGUUAGAUCAGCUUUCCUUUGCAGACUCCAUAUGUCUAAACGAGCUCAUUUUAAGUUGCCUUACCAUUAUGUAAAGAAAACAGUGAGAUAAAUAUCUAUUCAUGUACUCAGCAUUAUAAAUAGGCAUUUCAACCCCCAUCCACAUUCCCUUUGACUAAGGCUUGAUUUUUUCACAGCCUCGCCAGGCCUAUAUGUUUUGAAUGUGCAAAGGCUUGUAACGACGGUGAUUGUUAGUUGCGCACACACACACACACACACACACACACACACACACACACACACACACACACACACAAACACACAAACACACACGUGAUUAGCUUCCUGCAGAUGUAUGGGAUCAAAGUACACACAUUAGCAGCCACAUAGCUCAACUGGUGGUUUCCUUGUUAAGCACAGAUGUUAAUCCACAGGAAGUCUAAUUUAAACAUAGUGUCCCCAUAUUCAACAGCCGGCCACAGCACCACUCAGUACUACAGUCUUAGAGAGAGACACAGUCAGGGAGGACAGAUGAGAUUGGGAGAUGGUCACCUCACCUCUGUAGGGAUGUACUGAAUCCCCAUUCACUGAAACAGCAGGCCAGACCUGUGAGUCCCUAGCAGUGGAUUCCUGGUCCAAGCUUGGUGUGAGUGGAUCCACCCACGUAAUGUCAUUAUACUUGUGUGAAGUACUUCAUAUUGCAAACAAUUAUCCCUAGCUCUCGGGUUUCAAAAUAAAAGUUUGACAGAGUGGUGUAACAUCAGGGAGGCUUUUGCAGUGGACACUCGAAAGAAGUUUGAUGCCUUUUCUCUUAAAUCAUAGUGGUGCUCCAGGUUAGUAGUGGUAGGGGGAGUUUUUCAAGAAACAAAAAUACCUAACAUUGAAGAUUUUUUUGUAAAGAAAAAAUAUUGUCACUGUAAAAUGCACUUUAGAAAGUAAAUUAGAAAAUUCACGCAAAAUUUGCAAAAUUUUCUUUAAGUCCAUAAGCGGACAUUUCUUUUCAGGUAAGGUAAAGGGUUUGAAUGGGUUAUACUGGGAUUUAGUUAUCUUAGUAUUGAGUUCCCAAUGCCAAGUCAAUGUACAAAUGUAAUUAAUAAUCAUUCAUGAAUUAACCUGUUCCAAUGACUUAACUUCCAAUUUGUUUUUGCAAUCGUACAAAAAAACAUAAUUACAUAAAUGAAAUGAUUAACAAGAGUUGCACAUUCUGUAUAUGUCAUUUGGUAUUUAAAUAACUUAUUUUGGGGCUUUUCAUAUCAACUGUAAGUAUUAGCUGUACUAUACACAUAGCAAAACCUUCCUGCAUAUUGCUUUAGCUAGUGAAAAGCUACAGUGUGUAAUGUAAAGUAUAAGUGUACAAAUGAUUUUCUUUGGUUUCAACUAUCUAAUGAUUGUCUAUAAAGAUCUGCUUGUGUUUUGAAACAAAAAAUGAUGUCUAACUAUGUAAUUCUGAAAAAUAAUAAAAAAACAUUUCUUGCCA